GCUUUAGUUCAGUGACAAGCUGGAGUGAGACUGGGCACCAAGGAAGUUGUCAAGCGAAUUUUAUCAAAACGUUGAACACGAUUCUCACAUAGAAUUAAGAGUUUUAUCCCAAGGAUUAUAAUUCGAUUAUAUCAUGGACAAUGGGAGAGCCUAGACACCAAUCUAAAAUGGCGAUGAAUCUUGCUUCAUUCUUUCAAAGGGACAAGACAUUCAAACCAAAGAAAAAAUUUGAACCUGGCACCCUCCGUUACAACCUCCACAAGCAUGCAAAUGCCUCUCUACAUGCAGGAAUAGACUUAAAACAUGUGGUCAAACUUCCACCUGAUGAAGAUCUCAAUGACUGGAUAGCUGUGCAUGUGGUGGAUUUCUUCAAUAGAAUUAACUUGAUUUAUGGGACAGUAUGCGAGUUUUGUACAGAACAGAGCUGCCCUACCAUGUCUGGGGGACCCAAAUAUGAGUACCACUGGUGUGAUGGUUCACAAUACAAGAAGCCCACAGCCCUACCAGCCCCUGUCUAUAUAGCCUUACUUAUGGACUGGGUAGAGGCACAGAUUAACAAUGAAAACAUAUUCCCGGUCAAAGUUGGUACUUCAUUUCCUAAAAAUUACAUGUCGGUCUGUAAGAAGAUGCUGACCAGACUUUUUCGAGUAUUUGUCCAUGUUUACAUUCACCACUUUGACAAACUAUUGGCCAUUGGUGCAGAAGCUCAUGUGAACACUUGCUACAAACACUUCUACUACUUUGUUACUGAAUACAACCUGGUGGAGAAAAAGGAGUUAGAACCACUUAAAGAGAUGACUGAACGUCUAUGUCAUUGAUUGUGAAACUUUGCAACAAGCAACUUGGAGAUAAAAACCACACUCAGCUUGCAGUGUCUCAGUUUGUCAGAGACGUAUCCUGGUGCUCAUCAUCUGUAUGGAUAUUUUAGAAAGGUGUCAUGUUCCUUGACUGAGACCGCUCUUUUAAAUCAUGUUUAUGGAGAGAUGCUGUGUUAUUUUUCAUAUAUCUGGCAUGGUGAUUUGUAUAGUGUACUGUACUUUGAUGCAAGCACAUUUUACUGCAGGAAUUGAUGCACUGAAUAAAUAUUCAAGGAUCUUGAACUAGGGAAGAUCGGGAAGCCAUUUGUUGGGGAAUGAUUUCAGAAGAAAAAAUAACACUUAUAUUGCAUGAGCAGUGUUUUUUAUUUGCUUGUUAGUGUAAUUGUCCAUCAUACUUUGAGUAUUAAGGCAAGCACGCAGACAUUACAACCAGUUAUAUCUGCAACAGUGGGCACUGACUUUUUUAAGUAAAAUGCCUGUGCUGUAAGAAAUGUUUCUGUGGCACAUGUUGGUUUAUAUGAUAUUAAUUUUAUAGUGUUAUUUAAUGUAAAUGAAAAGAAUAGGUACUUAUUAGGGCAUAUAUAAGUUGAAGUUGGCAUAUAAGAUGGGAAAUUAUGAUAUCCUUAUAUCUGUAUCACGAAAGACUUAUGUAUAUAGACCCUUUAGUUUCACUGUAAAGGUGAACAAUUGAAGAUAGAAAAUUUAAGUCAACCUUUUAUGAAAAGCUGACUUCUUUUUAUUUGUAAGGAAAUGUCUGCAAUGACAGGAGCUCAUUUUCACCUGUAAUUUCAAAUCAAGAGUGACUUCAUUUCUCUUAGCUGAUUUAGUAGAUCUACCAGGGGCAAGCAUAAUAUCUAUUAUUAUCUAUUCAAGUUGUCUGAAGUCAGAUACCUUGCUUGAAAUGGCAUGUUAAUUUCAGUUUUGGUGACUGGUCCUAGAGAGUUGAAACCAACAACCUGUUUUUGUUCUCAUUUACUAUACACGUUUUUUGUUCUUUAAAUCAUACUGUCUUUAAGGAAAAGGAUUUGUUGAUUAAUCAGCAUAUAACUAGUCAGCAGGUUUGUAAAAUCAGUUUUUGUAAACACAAAGAUUCUGUGCUAGUCUUUAUACCACAUUAUAUACAUUGGCAUAUUUCUACAGUGAUGAUUACUGAAAAAUUGAAAGGAUGUAGUUCCUUGCUUUUGUGCCCUCAUGAUGCAAAAUUUCGUAAAAACAAAUUUCGAUCUCUUGAUUUACUGAGAGUCAAGAACAAUGUGGAAAUAUCAUCUUGGGUAUGAAGUUGAAAGGAAUUAUAGCCCUAAUAGUGAUACUUUGUUUUGUUGAUUUAAAAAAUGGGUUGUGUGAAUGUUAAACUUUUUCUUAUGAACUCUACAUUUUUAUGCUGGCAGUGAAGCAUUCCACGUAUUGUAUAACAUUGCUCAAAGUGUUGUCACUGUUGUGUUCGUGUAGCACCUUUGGGCACAAGUUAUCACUAGCAGCUUACAGAUAUCCAAGGAUUGGAUAGUGCAACUCUCACAGUGUGUAUAACUGCUUACAUUUUGGAUUGAAAACAAAUGGUUUGUUAUACAAUAUGCUUGCACUAUACUUUGCUGAGAUGUUUAUUACUUUCUGGGUUCUGGUAGGCACUUUUGUGUACAGGUCACUUUGUCAUGACACACAAUCCAUAGCAAAAUCAUACAGUAUUCAUUACCAGAUGAACUGCACUUGAGCAGCAAUUUCUAUUAUUUCUUUCAUAUUAUGUUAAAUGGCAAAGUUCGGGAGUGGUGGUUGUUUAUUUGAAGACUGGGUAGUACAGAUUUUUACAUUAAGAGCCAUAGAUAAGAAUUUGAAGUUAUAAGUAUAUGUAGGUAGCUGCUUACUGGUAUAUACCUAUAAUGUGGAUGUAAUGUCAGCAUUGUAAAGCCUCCAUUGUUGCCAAACUGUUAUAUGAUUUCUAAAUUGUUAGUAUGUAGAUGGGAGCAUAAAAGAAGUAUAAUCAUGUAUUAUGUUUAUGGAUGUAUUAUGUAUACACAUAUAAAUUGUCUGGAUGUUAAAUCAAGAAAUAAAUUAGUUACAUAA